AGCCAACAAAAAUUCAACGUUAUCUAAACGCUCGACUACAGCGGAAUGUAGCGAGAGAGGGUAGCUCCGAAAUAUUCCAAAACUAAACCAAAGAUAAAAUGGCAAAGAAAUAAAUGCAAACAAAUAUAAAUACGUACAUAAAUUAUAACGAAAGCAAGAACAAUAAAUGUUAAAUACAAAUAAGCAAAGCAACAACACGGCAAUACAAAGAAGAAAUCGAUUUGCUAAUGAAUGAAACGAACGAAAGCCAAUCCUCAAACAAUACAACAACCGCAGACGUCAAGCAAACAAACCUACGGAAAGUGAAGUCGAAAGUGUAGCCACGCCUAUCUGCGCGCGCGCGCCCGCUUCAGACUAGGCGCUCUCUCGGUAUUGUAACAGUAAAGUGUUUCAUUUCAAUUGUCUCGAGUGGGAAUAACGCGUCGAAUGCGACGUCGCUGUUGCAAUCUCCCGUUCCCGCUCUGAUCAUGUCCAAGACUAGCAGCAGCAGCAGCAAACACUGUCACAACAAUCGCAGGCAUCUGCCAGUGCCAGUGCCGUCAUCCCUCGAUGAUAGCGGCGGCGAGUCCUUUUUGCAAUAUGACAGCGAUAAGAAGCCACCGCCGAUUGUUGUUGUUGUGGGUGAUGGUCGCAGUCGAGUGCGUCGCGUGGUGCGCACAGCCACGCGACACGUGACCGUUGUCAGUCUCUCGACGCGGCACAAGGAAACCCAGACGCAUACCUCGCACCAUGUGACGGCCGUCAGCUUUCCCCAGAAGAGCAUCGAGCGCAGUGGCUCCACACAAUACGAUCUGGCCGGAGCGCAAGUUGGAGCACAUGGCUCCGGCUCAACCGCCGACGGCGUCGGUGGCUAUGUUUAUCUACAGAAUCAUUAUGCGGGCGGCGGUCACAACUCUGCCGCGACUAUCAACUAUCCCGCGCCGCAGCAUCCGCAGAUGAUCUACCAGAUCCAGCAGUAUCCCACGUGCCAUCAGCAACAGCAGCAGCAGCAACAGCAGCAGCAGCAGCACUAUAUGCAAGUGCAGGCUGCACCACCGGGCAGUGGGCAUUACCACCACCACAAUCACCACCUGCUGCACAGCCAUGGGCAUCAUCAUCAUCAUGGCGGCGCCGUUGUCAUCGCAGGCAGCGGCGUGGGCACCGGAGCAGGCGGAGCUGGUGCAAUCGUGCUGCAGCAGCAGCAGCAGCAAAGUAUGCACAAGAAGAACUCCAUAAGGAACGGCGGCGAUGUGCUCAAGCGCACUCGCGCCCAGUCAGCCUACGAGCUAUCGCAGGAUCUGCUGGACAAACAGAUCGAGCUGCUGGAACGCAAGUACGGCGGCGUACGGGCACGCAAUGCGGCAGUCACCAUACAGCGCGCCUUCCGACACUACAUGAUGGUCAAGAAGUUUGCCUCGAUCACGGCCAUGGCUAAGGCGGAGAAGCGCCUCAGUCGCCGCAUGGUGGUUACCGCCUCCAGCAUGACCCUGGCCGAGGAGAGCGCCUCAGCGAAUGCAUCGCUAUCGUCUGCCUAUGGCAGCGCCACAGAAUCUCAGCUGGAGCAGCUGCAGCUGCAGCAGCAGCAACAGCAACAUCAGCAGCAGCAGCAGCAGCAGCAGCAGCAGCAGCAACAGCAGCAGACGGGACAGCAACAGCCACGUGUGACCAUAAUGGCGGGUCCGCCAGGUGCCGCCUCCCCGGGACUCUCGCGAACGCCACCAACGCGUUCGCUGUCCAUGCGCGAGCGCCGUCAGCUGGACUGUAGUCCCAUACCACGUAGUCAGUCGGGCGCCUCACCCGUGUCCAUUGCCAGCUCCACAACCUCCAUAUCCGGCCUGGCCUCGCACCCGCACGUCAAUCUGCUGCACGCUGCCGAACCGCAUUACUACAAUGCGCAGGCGAUGCCGACAGCUGCUGCGUACUACACCAGCUACCACGGCUCGCCGCACGACCUGAGCUAUGCCAGCUCGGCGGAUACUUCGCUGAAUGCCUCGUGGGUGAACACCAGUGGCCAUUCGCCACACACGCCCUACUAUUCGGCGGCGCAGAUCUACAUGCGGCCCAAAGGGGGCAGCACCACGCCGACGCCCAGCUGCGGCAGUCAAGGAAGCGGUAGCGGAAAGAAGGUGCCGCCGGAGGUGCCCAAGCGCACAUCCUCCAUCACCGCUCAGCAGCAGAGUCAGCUGCUGAUGAUGCAGCGGCAAACGCCGCCGCCCCCCUCUCUGCUGCGCACCAACGGGCUCUGCAAGACGGCUGAGAACGGGAGUCUGACGUCUGUGCAGAGCUCCGGCUCGGACUCGAGCAUCACCUCGGCUGAGCGGAACAUCAACAGCGACCUGGGCUCCGAUCGCAGCAACUCCCCGCACACCUGGAAGCGAGGCACAGCGCUCAAUAGCUCGCAGCAGUUUUCGACGCACUCAGCUGAGUCCGUUGGCGUCGCUGGACAAAUGCAGGUGGUAGUGGCAGCAGCCACAGCGCCCGGCGGGGUGCCUCCCACAGAUGAUCAUGCCAUCUCCUCGCACACCAGUGCCGCCCAGUAUGAGCAGCACGAGCAGCAGCAGCAUGAACAGCAGCAACUGCAAGCGGCGGCCGCUGCGGCGGGCGUGCCCCCGAACUACAAGAUGUCGGAGACGAUACGCAAACGCCAGUAUCGAGUGGGGCUGAAUCUAUUCAACAAGAAGCCAGAGAAGGGCAUCACCUACUUGAUAAGGCGCGGGUUUCUGGAGAAUACGCCGCAAGGCGUCGCUCGCUUCCUAAUCACGCGCAAGGGUCUCUCACGGCAAAUGAUUGGCGAGUAUCUGGGCAAUCUACAGAAUCAAUUCAACAUGGCGGUGCUCAGCUGCUUUGCCAUGGAAUUGGAUCUGUCCGGGCGGCAAGUGGACGUGGCACUGCGUAAAUUCCAGGCCUACUUCCGCAUGCCCGGCGAGGCGCAAAAGAUUGAGCGAUUGAUGGAGAUCUUCUCGCAGCGCUACUGCGAGUGCAAUGCGGACAUUGUGGGGCGGCUGAGGUCAUCCGAUACGAUCUUUGUGCUGGCAUUUGCCAUCAUUAUGUUGAAUACGGAUCUGCAUACUCCCAAUCUGAAGCCGGAGCGCCGCAUGCGCGUUGAGGACUUCAUCAAAAAUUUGCGCGGCAUCGAUGAUUGUCAUGACAUUGACAAGGACAUGCUGAGCGGCAUUUUCGAACGUGUGAAGUCGGAUGAAUUCAAGCCAGGCAGCGAUCAUGUAACCCAAGUAAUGAAGGUUCAGGCGACCAUAGUGGGCAAGAAACCAAAUCUGGCCCUGCCCCAUCGACGCCUCGUUUGCUACUGCCGUCUGUACGAGAUACCCGAUGUGAACAAGAAGGAGCGACCAGGCGUCCAUCAGCGAGAGGUGUUUUUGUUCAACGAUCUGUUGGUCAUUACCAAAAUCUUUAGCAAGAAGAAAACCUCCGUGACGUACACGUUCCGCAACAGCUUUCCGCUCUGUGGUGCCGUGGUCAGCCUACUGGACUUGCCCAACUAUCCGUUCUGCAUUCAGCUCUCCCAGAAGGUAGACGGCAAGAUCCUGAUCACGUUUAAUGCGCGCAACGAGCAUGAUCGCUGCAAGUUUGCCGAGGAUCUCAAGGAAUCCAUCAGUGAAAUGGACGAAAUGGAAUCGCUGCGCAUAGAAGCCGAACUUGAGCGACAGAAGUCAGCGCGCAAUCGCGCCACCGGCAAUGCAGAUAAUCGUGACAGCGGUGUGGCCGAUGUUGAGGUGUGUCCCUGUCCCUAUCAGCCCGGCACACAGGCUGCCGGCGAGCAGGCGUCCAGCUCGACGGACUCCAAUCAGCUGAAGCGUAGCGCACUCAGCAACAGUCUGCUGGACAUGCACGAGCAAUUCGGUAAUGAGAAGCCCCAGCGACGGGGCAGCGUCGGCUCUCUGGAUAGCGGCAUGAGCAUCUCAUUUCAGUCGACAACCACGUCGAGUGCGUCGCGAGAAAACGCUGCUGCCAUCGCAGCUGCGGCCAAUGCGGCUAAUGCGGCUUCGAAAAUUCGGUUUAACCUUCAGGCCACCACCAGCAAUGUUUAUGCCGCGCCUGGUAUGCAGGCCUACACGCACGCCAACUUCGUGCAGCAGUCGCAAGCAGCUUACUUGCUGCAGCAACAACAAAUGCUUCAACAGCAACAGGUGGCGCAGGCUCAAAUGCAGGCACACGCUCAGGCACAGGCCCAGGCUCAGGCCCAAGCACAAGCUCAAGCACAAGCACAAGCUCAAGCACAGGCGCAGGCACAGGCACAGUCAGGACCUGUGGUAAUGGGACGCAUACCAGGACGAGAACGCAAGGCAUCGCGGUCAGAUGACUCGCGCUCCACAGAAGUCUAAAUAUGGCGCAGUAUUUGUAUAUUCAGUUGUUCAGCAAGCGAUUUAAAUAUAUAUAUAGAUACGCAUCAUACAGAUAUAUAUCCAAAUCAUACGAGUAGAUUGAUAUUUGUGUGACCCAAAACGAACCGAACCGAAUCGAACCGAAAGCCAUUCUUUUAAACCAACAAACUUAUAAUACCUAACACCUAACAAAGCAGCUACAAUAUGAAUUCUAAAAUGUUCCUUCGUUCUCUGCUAAUAUUAUUGUACAUAAAUUACAUAAAUGUCUAUUAACGCGAUUGAAAUACGGCUUAAGUAAGUUUUCAAAACUAAUUGUACAUAUAAAAACAUUUAUCAACAA